CUUGCUGCCUUCUCCCUGCCCUUGGUGCUUUCCCUGGGCACUGUCACCAUCCCAGCAGAGCUGAAGACAGCUGUCAUCAGGGUGGCUGUGAAUGCCACCUCCUGCAGCGUCACCUGCGGGGUGGGCAGCAGGCUGGAGGAGCUGUGCGACCUCAGCGGCGCCGGGGAGAGGAGGAACUGCACCCUGCGGAGGUCCAGCUGCCUCAGCAGCUCCCUCUGUGGCUUCCUCCACUUCACUGCCGCCGUGGGCAAACCCUUCCAGCUCAUCUGCCUGGACUCAGACGCGGUUGGCUUCGGCAGUGGAGCCUACAGGUGCAGGUGGAGGUUUGCCCCAGGCCUCAUCACCACCAACAAGCUGCUCCUGAAGCCCUUGCGCGGCACCCGGCCCGUCCUCGGCUUCGCCGCUGCCAGGGAGGCCGAUGCAGGCACCUACCAGUGUGAUGUGCAGAGCCUGAAGAGCCUGCAGGUCGUCAAGAGGAUCUACUUUGGGCUCAGGCUGAUCCAGGAGGAUUUGGCAGACCUGGACUUCUACAAAUCCCUGACCUGGGAGCAGAAGCUGGCAGCCAAGAAGCCGGCAGGGGCCGCGAGGAACGGCACCGGGGAGGAGGCGCGGAGGCAGAAGCCCUUCUGGCAGGGGAAGGUUUUGGAUGUGUACUGGGUAGGACUGGGGAGUGGGGUGCUGGGAGGUGUCUGCCUGAGCUUGGUGGCCAGCUGCCUCUGCAGGAGGCUUUGGAGGAGGAGAGCUGCAAAGCAAUGA